CUUGACGCGCAGGUGAUGUAGCAGCCCACGGGUGAGCGCCAUGCUUCCGCGGGAUGUGAGCAAACACAAGACCCGCCGCGUGUCGGAUCCGGUGUGCGGACACGACUUCCCCCCGGUUCCGCCGCGGCGCUUGAAGAACCGGGACUUCGCCGUCAUCGCCAAGCGGCGGCGUUCCGGUUCCGUGCCGGAGCGGAGGGUGAACUGCGUCCUGGUCGGAGACGGGGCCGUGGGGAAGACCAGCCUCAUCGUCAGCUACACCACCAACGGAUACCCGACGGAAUACGUACCGACGGCCUUCGACAACUUUGCUGUUAUGGUUGUGGUUGACGGAAAGCCGGUGAGACUACAUCUCUGUGACAUGGCUGGUCAGGACGAUUUGGACCGCAUCCGGCCACUUUGCUACAGAAACGCAGAUGUCUUCCUCCUUUGCUACAGCAUCGUGCGCCCAUCCUCCUUUCGCAACCUGGCAGACCGGUGGGUGCCCGAGAUCCGUCAGCACUGCCCGGGUGCACCCUUGGUUUUGGUUGGCACCCAGCUGGACCUGAGGGAGGAUGUCCAGGUGCUAAUCCAGUUAGCAAAUAACCAGGAGCGCCCAGUUGGCACGGAGGAGGGCAAGCAGCUGGCCCAGGAGAUUGGAGCAGUAAGCUUUGCUGAAUGCUCAGCGCUCACUCAGAAAAACUUGAAAGACGCUUUUGACUCUGCCAUUUUGGCCAGCAUUGAUUCAGUGGACGGCAUCGGGGUCCAGCAGCAGAGGCUGACCCUGAAGAAGAAGACGCCAGACAAAAUCAAGACCCUCUCGGAGAACUGGUGGAGGAAAAUCGGCUGUCUGAUGGGAGAGCAAAGCUGUGAAUUGAAAUGAGCAGCCACACGCUGCUCGAAUCAUUCCACCAAUUCCAUUGGGGGGGGGGGGGUUGUUUGUUUUUUAUUUUUUACAACUAGGUUCUUGUAAUUCUUUUUUUUUUGUCAUUGUGCAUAUUGGUUAACUCACCAGUUUCAUUUCAUGUUGAGGAUUUGGGAUUAAAAUGACACCCUUCAGUUCAGUAAUCCCACUUUAUUAGAUGUCAGUUAUUUUGAAAACAUUUAGUUUAUGUGACUGAAAACAUUCAGCUAAUGUGUAUGAAUACCAUGUACUAUGUGUGCAAGUUGCAAAUAACUGACCAGACUGACACUAAUCUAAAACUACUGGUUCAUAGAUGUAUGUAAGACAUGACUAAACUUCACUGUGUAUCCUUUCUCACUAAUGUGGAUUUUCUUUCACUGAUUAACCCGUGUACAUGUGCUUUGCUCAA